AUGCCUCCGCGGAAAAAUUUAGAGCCAGAAGCGACAUUAAAGGCUGUUGUACUUGCUGACAGUUUUAACGAACGUUUCAGACCGCUUACUUUCGAUAAGCCUAGAUGUCUAUUACCAUUAUGUAACACACCUCUUCUUGAGUAUACGCUGGAGUUUCUCGCUGUAGCAAGUGUUCAAGAAGUCGUAUUAUUAUGUAAGAAUCAUCCUGAACAAAUAAAGAAUUACGUCAGGUCAUCGAAAUGGAAUCGACCAUAUUCACCGCUAAAGAUAACCACGAUAGUCACUCCAACUGCCUUGUCUGUUGGCGAUGCGCUGAGAGAAGUAGAUAAUCGACAUUUAAUUUCAUCUGAUUUCAUUCUUGUAAGCGGGGAUGUUGUGUCGAACGUUCAAUUGGAUAAGGCAUUAGAGCUCCACAGGGCUCGAAGGGCUACAGAUAAGGAUUCCAUAAUGACGAUGGUCUUAAAAGAAGCGAGUCCAUUUCAUAGAACACGGGCUUUGGGUGAAUCAUCUAUUUUUGUGAUUGAUGAGAAAACAGAUGAAUGUCUUUAUUACGAUUCGUUGAAGCUGUUUCCGAGGAGAAGACGUAUGGUUAUGAGCAUGGACGUGUUCGAUAAACACAGUAACGUUCAGAUUAGAAACGAUCUGAUUGACUGUCAGAUUGAUAUCUGCUCUGUAGAGGUUCCCGCGCUAUUCAGUGAUAACUAUGACUGGCAAGAAAUAAGACAAGACUUUGUCUACGGCAUUUUAACUACUGAAUUUCCCAAAAAGACGAUAUACUCUCACAUUGUAAAGGACUCUUAUGCAGCACGCGUACGAAGUUUACAAACAUAUAAUGCCAUCAGCAAAGAUAUGUUGUCGAGAUGGACUUAUCCAAUAGUUCCAGACAGCAAUCUGCAGGAAGGCGAUAGUUACAAGUAUUUACGUGGACAUAUUUACAAAGAACAAGAUGUCAUAUUGUCGAGAUCGUGUGUCCUGGGGGAGAAUGUUCAAAUUGGAAGUGGCAGCGAGAUUGGCGAGAAUGUCAAGAUCAAUAAUUCGGUUAUCGGACGUCGUGUUCAAAUAGGAGUCAAUGUAACGAUUGAAGGAUCGCACAUAUGGGACGAUGUGAAAAUAAGUGCCGGCUGUACAAUAUCGCAUUCCAUUCUUGCAGCCGGAGUACAGCUGGAAGAAAAUGUUACGGUUCAAAAGGAUUGUCUGCUAUCGUACUAUGUUGUAGUAGGCCCUGAUGUUAAUUUGCCCCCUCACACAAAACUUACGAGACAUACUGAAUCUUUGUCUGCUCAAGAUAAAGGACUUUUAGAUCAUGAUAACGAUCAAACUUUAAUAGGUGUUAAUGGAAAGGGAAGUUUAUGGAAAGACAUGGAAUCAUUUGCAGACGAUCAAGACUUCCGAAACGCCCAGAUCGCCUCACUUGCUUAUGACCUAUCAACGGUUACACUUACUGAUUCCGGAUCAGAAGCUUCCGUAAUAAGCGUAUCGUCCAUUUCAGAUGACGACGAUUAUGAAGAUACGAAUGGCAAUGAGAACUUCUCCCGAGAGGUCGAGCAAACACUCGAUCGUGCUUUUAAUGAAAAUCACAGCGUUGAAAUAGCUGCAUUAGAAUUGAAUACCCUUCGCAUGGCAACGAACACUACUUUUCAUGAUCUACGUACUGUGGUCAUUCCAAGCAUUUUGGACUUGGUCAAGAUUGAAAAGUUAAAUGAAAGUGUGAAAGAGGUGUUGAAUAAAUGGGGACUAUUAAUUGGCAAACUUAUUUUGUCCGAAACGGACCAGGUCGACACAUUAAACAUAUUACAGGGACACUGUGCAAAAAAAGAUUCUGCCUCAAAACUUCUUUUUUGGACUAUUCGUUUGUUAUAUGAGCAAGAUAUAAUUGAGGAAGAUGCCAUUAUGGAGUGGUAUCAUUCCGAGAAUGCAAGAGGCAUCGGAAGACCUGACAUAUAUGGCCAGUUAAGAGAUUCGCUUACGCCAUUCGUUAGAUGGUUGCAAGAAGCAGAGGAAGAGACGGAGGAUGAAGCUAGUGGUAAUGAGACAUAG